GGACAACUGGCGGGGAAAGGAGAACGACGAGUGGGGGGGGGGGGGGGGGCGGAGGAAAGGGAAGACGACAUCCAGAUGUUCUGAGAUGGAGCAGGACGUCCAGAAAGAGGGAGCGGAUGACUCCUGUAGAAUGUUGUUUUUAUGCGUGUGGGAGAAGGAACUUCCAAGACAGACGGGUGGAAUAAUGCUGCUUUUGUGUCGCAGCCAGUGAUUCCUUCCACUUGAAGUACUUAGAAGAGACACAAAAAUGGGCUUCGAAAGACACAGAGUCGGUCCAAAGCAGACCACAGGAAGACCUUUUGUUAGAGGUAUGGCUUAAAUGUACGAGCCCUUUUUUUUUUUUAACCAAAAACUAAAGAAGAAGAGGUUUCAUCAGGAGAAGGCAGCACAUCUUAGGUGAAGACACUUCAAAGAUCGUGGAGUUUCUCUUAAAAGCUUUUCUCGGGAAAUUUGAAUUUGCAUAAACUUUGCUACAGUCGAAGUUUGGCUGUUCGUCAAGGACCAGACGAAUCUACAAAUCUGUCUUCAAUUGUCAACCCCAGGUAAACCUCGAACUCUAACACUGAAAUCUGACAGCAAGACGCUGGAAAGCCUUUCGUUUUUGGUUCUCUUUCAAUGAUGGAACACCAGAAAUAUGUUUUGAGGUUCUAGACCAACCAGAAUCACCUACUGAGAACCUUUGUGAGCCCUUCUUAGCAUCCAAAAGGAACCAGGGCUGGAGGUUUAAUAUUCUCCAGAAAGUGUCUCAUUUCCAUAUAUCCAGGGUCAUAGCAAGGAUUUUGGUCCAUCUCAGCUGACUUCGGGCCACAAGCGGGCUCCACCCAGGGAAGAGCGCAUUCAAGUUGGAAUUUAUUCUGCUUCAUUCACCACAAAACUUGUCGAUGUGAGCCACUAAAUCUCUUUCAAGACUUUUUGACCAAAAAUCUUCUAUCCCGCCCGUUUCUCUUGUCUUGCAAUCAAUGGCCAACGCUGAGUCAGCCAAUCAGACUGAUUUAUUGUUGCACAUUGAAGGCGAGUAAUGCGGGAUGAUAGGCGGUACACACCACAAAGGGCUACACGGUCUAGCCACGGAUGCUAACUGACGCCUCAACUGGAACCUUUUAAAUACAUGGGCAGGAUUCUCUACAAACUGUGUGAUCCCUAAGUCACUUCUCUGGAUGUCUUUUCAAUUAAGGCCAUGUCCUCCAUAAACGUCCUUGAAUAGAUUUUUACAGAUCAGGACAUUAUGAAAAAGGUAGUUCCCUGGUCUGUCAAAGAGCUUCAAGUUAAACCAGGAAAGAGUGCAUAAGACAGCAUACUUUGUACAAACAAUUACAGUAUUCAAAACAGCUGCAGAACACGACAACAACUUUACGACAACUGUAUAGAGUGAGCUUGAGCAUCAUCUACAAUCAUCGUCGCUGCGGAAACCAAGGAGAGUGCGCGAGAGAGAGAGAGGGAGUGGAACAGCAUGGGACUCAGCUGCUUCAAAUCCUGGAAACAUGACAGAGCAGGCUUCAAAGGGAACAGAGACGUGUUGGCCAGUCCAGGCUCGUAUUUCUUCCUGUCCAACAGCGCCGGCCAGGGGGACGAAUGGCUGAAAAGCCUCAAUAAGGGAGUCUGGAUCCCUUUCACAGGUGUUUUUGGUCAGCGUCUGGAGGAGACGGUGCUGUAUGAGCGGCGUUACGGGGUUCGCUCGGUUCCCCUGGUGGUGGAGCAAUGCGUGACCUUCAUACGCGAGCGAGGUCUACAGGAGGUGGGCUUGUUUCGCCAGCCGGGACGGGCCAGUCUGGUGAGGGAGCUGCAGGAGGCGUUUGAUGGCGGGGAGAGGCCCUCAUUUGACAGCAACACCGACGUCCACACGGUGGCCUCGCUGCUGAAACUCUACCUGCGACAGCUUCCUGAGCCUUUGGUUCCUUAUAGCCACUACCAGGACUUCCUGCUUUGCGGCACACAUAUUUCUAAUGACCGCGUAGAGGGUUUGGAGGAGUUAAGAAAUCUUCUUCAGGAGUUGCCAGUGGCCAAUUUUAAUCUUUUGAAGUUCAUCUGCCAGUUUCUUAAUGAAGUCCAGAGUCACUCAAAAGGUAACAAGAUGAGCUGUCAGAACUUGGCCACGGUGUUUGGACCAAACAUUCUACGAGCCAAGGCUGAGGACCCUCAAAGCAUCAUGGGAGGUGCAGCACUGGUCCAGAUGCUGAUGUUGGAGCUGAUCCGAGAAAAUGAGUCUCUGUUCUCAAGGGUCUCUGCACCAGUUCCUGCACAUCCUGUUGGAGGCUUAUAUGCAUCACCAAGUACUCUGAGACGACCUCAUUUACACCAGCCACCCUGCCUCCGUCAGAUGUCACUGCCGCUAAUUGCAGAGAGAUGCCAGGAGUCAGGACAGCAUACUGUGGAUGGACACAAUACCAGCUGUAUCUCCUCUGUGACUACUGCCACAUCGGACGCAUCUUCAGGCCACAAGAGAUUCCUGGGCCAUCGCUACACCUCCUCUCAUCCAGGAAACUGCUUCUACCCUGUACCUUCCUCAAGUCAGGCCUCGCAGCCUCAACUCGAGGGUAGUAGUAUUGAUUAUCACCUGCACCUCUCUAGUAGUGGAUCAUCCCCAGCUAAUGCCCAAAACAGGCAGCAUAGAUCAAUCCAUAUGGGCUGGAUCGAGGCAUGGUCUGGUCUGGGAGACACAGUGAGUCAUCUAUGGAGUUCUGGUGCCACACAGAGCACAGGGGAAGGGAUUGAAAUUCCAGAAGUAGCCAGCGGGGGCAGCAGUGAUGCGCAAGAAGGCAGCACCCCAUCUGUUUACGACAAUCUGAACAGAGUGUCUUCAAGUCAGAUGAUGGCGGACAUCGCUGGUGAACAGUUACAGAACAACGGUCAGGGAGAAUCCGACGAGGAACCAGAGGACGCGUGGCAGACGGUGGACGAAUCAUCAUCGUGGUCUUCUUGUGAGAUUUUACCAUUGGACAAGUGCAGUGAUCCCGAAGUUAGUCCUGACAUGACAUCAAAGAGGCCACCCUCAAGUCCCGCAGAGGAAAACUGCCAAGAACAGCUUGAUAGUGACAACAAAAGCGAGGGUGACACAGGACAUCACUUAAACUCCCCAACAUCCGUCUCUAUCUUAAGCCCUAUCAGCACUGGAAGCUCUGAGGUGUUUCUUCCCUCGGGUCCUCCUCCAGACCUUCCAGGGAGUGAGCCUCAGUUGCAGUCCAGCAACGCUCAAUCACUCCUGGAUGAGCUUCGACAGCAAAUGGCCCAGCAAAAGACCGAUUAUCAGGACAAGAUAAAGAGGUUGGAGCUCUGCAAUGACACCCUCCAGCGGCAAGUACUGGUACUGCGGGACAGUUUGGAGCAGCAGAAGCGAAGCCAGAGCGUGGCCGAGGUCAAGAUCCGCAAAAUGGAGCAAGCCAAGGCGGCUGCGGAUCACCGUAACUCGACGCUGCAGACGGAGAUGGAACUGUUUUUCCAGAUGAGAACACGGGAGGGAAGGAAUGAUGAUGGUGGGGGAGAAAGGAGAAAACGCACCUUAAAGAGCCUGUGAAGGUGAAGGGAAAGAUGAGAGGAUUAGUGAAUGCUGGGGUCAGGGGCGCCGAAAAGAGGGGGUAAAGGAGACGGAUUCUAGGGGCCCAUGAUGGAGGGGGCCCAGAGAGGCCCCUAAUGAUGAUGAAAUUAUAUGAAAUUAUGUGUUGGGGGCCCUGUAAAGAUUCUUUUCAUGUGGCCCAAAAUCCCUAGCGGCGCCCCUGGCUGGGGUUGUUAUUCUUUCUGUAGAUUUUACAAUUUCUCUCAAUCAAGGAUCCAUGAUUUGCUAUUUUAUACACAUACAAACAUAAAGGAAGCAUUGCUGUGUUUGCAUGAAUGUGUGUUUUACAUAUAAAAAAAACCCCACUGAUAAGAAACUGUAUUUUAUAUUGGCAGUGCAAUAACGACACAAUAAUACACAGAAAUUGUCUCUGAACCAAACAUGCAGACAAGUGCAUCCAAAUCUAAUCACCUUGUUAGCAGGAAAAAGUUUUAAAACAUGAAAGACACAAUGACUUUAGAUGAGAAUUUUGCGUUUAUUCUCACAUUGAGACUUUCUGAAUCAAGCCAAAGUCUCGUGAACAGAUUAAAUUUAGAGACAGCCUUCAGUCCCACAGACAGAAAGACAUUUACUAUUCACAGCUGCUGCGUUUUCUAAAGGACUUGGGGACGCCACAGCCGGCUUACAGGAACGCCAUAGAGGGGUAACAGGUACGUAACAGUCUCUUUUGCCAGUAAAGCGACUGAUCCUCAUUAAAAAAAAAUAAUAAGUGCAAUAAUAACAAUGCUUUACUAACAGGAAAUCCAACCUCAAAACUAAAAACCUCUGAAAAAUAUUUUGACAUCGCAGUAUGGAUCUAAUUGUUGGUUUUAAAGCUUCUUUUUCUGACAAAAAAAUUCCAACAUUGAAAAGCAAAAGGUUUUUUUUUCUCAAAACAAAAUCUGACGACAAAAACAAGAAAUGUAAUCCUUUCACUACAAAUACAGGUAUAUUCAUUAAAACAUCUAAAUAAUACAGAGGCAACGUUGAACAAAAUAAAACAAAGACUAUAAUAUUUAAUCGUGGGAGUCUGCAUGUUUUAUAUAUUUUCUCCUUUUCACGACAUAUUUUGAUUCCAUAAGUCAUUAAUUUGCAGUGCAGAAUGACGAAGAAAAAUACUCAUAUCUCUGGUGCUAGACAGGAAGCUAAAGUGCAAUUAAAAUUGUGUUUCAGUACAUUUAAAAUGAAAUAUGGAAAGUUUCAUAAAGCCGCAUAUGAGUACAUGUAAAAUGUGUUGCUUUGGAUAAGAAUAUUUUAGGACUUAAAUAAUAAAGGUCACAAAAUAUUUUUUUUGCGAGAUUAUAGUGAACGCACCGUAGUGGCGGCAGUAACCGUAACUGGGGUCCCUUAGGUAGCUAAGGUCGCAUCCCAGCAGGCACAAGACAUUGAUUAUACGUACGCAUCCUUUAAAACUGACUUUUUAGACUCCCUUUUUAGACCAGUUGAUCUGCCGUUUCUUUUCUUUCUCUUCUAUGUCCCACUCUCCCUUGUGGAGGGGGUCCGGUCCGAUCCGGUGGCCAUGUACUGCUUGCCUGUGUAUCGGCUGGGGACAUCUCUGCGCUGCUGAUACGCCUCCGCUUGUGAUGGUUUCCUGCUGGCUCCGCUGUGAACGGGACUCUCGCUGCUGUGUUGGAUCCGCUUUGGACUGGACUCUCGCAACUGUGUUGGAUCCAUUGUGGAUUGAACUCUCACAGUAUCAUGUUAGACCCGCUCGACAUCCAUUGCUUUCCUCCUCUCUAAGGUUCUCAUCGUCAUCAUUGUCACUGGGUCAUUAUUGUCACCGAUGUCCCACUGGGUGUGAGUUUUCCUUGCCCUUAUGUGGGCCUACCGAGGAUGUCGUGGUGGUUUGUGCAGCCCUUUGAGACACUAGUGAUUUAGGGCUAUAUAAGUAAACAUUGAUUGAUUGAUGAUUGACUUUGAAAAACGUUGCAAAAAUAGUUGUAUUUGUAAAUUGAGACAACGUUGAUGUUGGGAAAUGACCAAAUUUCAAUGGUCAACUCAACGUCUUACCCUAACAUUGAUUAAA